GUAACGUCAGUUACUAUGGUUACUGGACACUAGCUAACGUUACCUGUUGACUUUAUAUACAGCUAUCAUUAUAGCCUUUGAUUCUAGAUGAGUUAAUAGGACUGACUCAAAAUGAGUUUAGACACGCUCUUCAAACAAAUCCUUCUAACUGAACAACAAUUAACAGGACAGACACAAAAAGUAAAAGAAGUCAAGGUAGCUAUCAUCAGAUGCAAUGAGAAGAUCAGGAGUGCCACUGAGAAGAAUGAAAAGACCAAUGAGGAACUUGACAAAAAGGCUCAGCAGUUGUCUGCGAUGAGGCUGCAGCGUGACCUGAUAAAGAAAUGUGAAGACCAGAUGUUGAAGCAAAUUGAGGAGCUGCUCUGCCAGAAGAGCGAACUCAGGGAACGUCUAGCCAAGAGAAAGAGGGAGGCUAAAGAAGAAGAGGAAAACUUCCUUCAAGAGAUCUCGAGGUUCAACAGUGACUUCAGUCUUCGGGGGAACAGAGACAUAGUGUUCGAGAGCCAAACACACACUGAGAUCCUGGAGCUGCAGAGGGAGGUGGAAUCAUUAUACAAAGAGAUGGAGCGGAUGAGCUGCAGUAACAGUCACAUGAGUUCCAUACAGGAGGAGAAGAGAGUGCUCCAGCUCAAACUGCAGGGCCUGCAAAAUGUCCAAAAAGACCUGGAUCAGCAAUUGUGUGAGGCUAAAGCAAUGACAGAAUCUCUGAGAGCCGAGAGCCUGUUUGUCAGUCAGAAACCUCUCACUGACAGCACCUGUCUGAGGCUGAGAAAGGAGCUGGAGAUGCAUAAAGAAGGAGAGCUGGAGCUUCUGCGAGAGACACUUAGCUCAGAAAUACACUUCCUGCAGUCGAAGCUGGGCAGCAGCCAGGGAAGUGAGCAGCAUUAGGUUUGUCACAGUGAUGAAAAAGGGACACAGGUUAUAACAGUUCACCAAUUGUCUCUUCUGUUAAAAGAUAAACAUGAACAUGUAUAGACAGGAGAGAAGGAAAAGAAAGACGACAGGAAAGGACACAGAGAGUGAGAUUAACCACAUGUUCUUUAUUAUUUACUUUAUAAGUUACAUGAAAGGAGCAAAUUCCAUUCAGUCAGUUCAAAAACUGUCCUCAAGAAUGUUUCUGUUGGCACUUAUGUACACUGUGGAGGAACAAAAACAAAACAUAAAUCCAAUAAUAAAUCUGAUAUGUUUUUC